CGGAGCGGAUCUAUGAAAUUCUUCCAGUCCCACAAGCCAUGAGGAGAAAGAACACCGCUCUGAGCUAGCUUUGAAGGCCCAUCAUAAUAGGUUGCCAGUCCACAACCAAGUUCCAACAUGCCGUCCUACCCGCCAGACUCAUCUGGCGCGGCCCAGUGACUUAUAGUCACUUUUAGUCAGUUUUAGUCACUCUUAUGGAGGCUGUAGUGCCACUCACUUUUCGGUGAUACACUCAUUCAUUCAUUCAUACCCUUCCACCUCCCAGGUUCCAAGUCUCGGGUCCUUGGUCCUUCCUGCCUCUGCCAGCCUCAUGUCGGCGUUGUGGUGCGCAUUCUCCGGCCAAGCCACCAGGUGCCGACCCGUGGUUCAGUCCGCCGUGAGCCAACGCUCUUUGAGCGGGACCUGCGCUCGAGCUGCCGCCGCCGCCGCUGUCUACAAGAGCCCUGUCCGAGUGGACUUUUACUAUGACACCAUCUCGCCCUACUCUUGGUUGGCCUUCGAGACCUUGUUGCGCUAUCGUCCGGUUUGGAAUCUGGAAAUCCAGUUCAAGCCGGUCUUCAUGGCCGGCCUCUCGCAGGCCACCAGUAGCAAUUUCCUGGAAAGUUUGACCAAGAAUCAAAACAAGACUCGACAUAUGUUCCAAGAUAUUGUCCGCAUGGGCCAAUAUUUCAAGGUACCCCUGAGAAUUCCCGAGAGCCCCUUCUACAUGCUGGCCGUGGUGGGAUCGCUGAAGCAGCAACGUUUUUUGACUGCCGCUCAAAUGAAAUUCCCCGAUGUUACCGAAGACCUCAGUCGAAGCAUAUGGUAUCGAGGUUGGGCCGAAGAUCUGGAUAUUGCCAAGCCAGACAGCCUCAGGAUGAUUGGUCGACGGGCGGGCAUGUCGGAAGAGGAGGUCGAAGAAGCCCUGGCGGCCUCGGAGACGCAAGAGGUCAAGGAUAGGCUAAAGUCGGUCACCCGUGAAGCUGUAGAUGAUGGGGCGUGCGGUCUGCCGUUCUUGGUGUUCCACGUGAACAAGGGGGACACGGACGUGGAAACUUAUUUCGGAUCGGAUCGAUUCCCUGUGAUUGCCCAUCGAUUAGAUCUUGAAUGGAAUGGACCCGUGCCUGAUCCCAACAAUUUUAAGGAGAUCGAAGAACCAGCCGAGAUAUCCAAAUGCUUUCUCUCCAUCGAGCAAUACGAUGAGCUCAACCAGAAGUUUGUGGACAAUGUCAAGCAGGACUUUAACAUAAAGGACAAGUAAUGCCUUUCAAAUGAAUCCCCCAUAGAAUUAUGCGAACAAUAAAAUUCAUACAGGUACGGCCGAAA